CAGAGUCUCCGGUGGGCUUCAUCGGCCUGGGCAACAUGGGGGGCCACAUGGCCCGUAACCUGAUGAAGAAAGGUUACCCCGUGGUGGCCUUUGAUGUCUCCCAGGACUCGCUUGCCACCCUCAAAGCUGACGGUGCCAGUGUCGCCAGCAGCCCGGCUGAAGUUGCGUUUGGCGUGGACCGCCUGGUCACCAUGUUGCCCGCCAACGCCCACGUGCAGGAGGUCUAUACGGGUCCCUCUGGGAUCUUGAGCACGGUGCGGGAAGGAACCCUUCUACUGGACAGCAGCACCAUCGACCCAGCCGUUUCUAAGGCUGUGGCAGCGCAAGCCGGGGAGAAAGGCGCGGUGUAUAUGGAUGCUCCGGUCUCAGGCGGUGUGAACGCUGCCAGGGAUGGGAUCCUAACCUUCAUGGUGGGCGGUACCGAGUCCGACUUUGGGACGGCCAAGGCUCUGCUGGAGAACAUGGGAAAGAAUAUCGUCCACUGCGGGGCUGUGGGCACGGGACAGACUCGGCCUUGACCCCAAGCUCCUGGCGGGAAUCCUCAACACCAGCACAGGCCGCUGCUGGUCCAGCGAGCUGUACAACCCGGUGCCUGGCGUGUUGCCAGGAGUCCCCUCCAGCAACGACUAUCAGGGUGGCUUCGGAGUUGCUCUCAUGACGAAGGACCUGGGCCUGGCUCAGUCGGCCGCCAUCGUGACACAGUCCCCCACGCCGCUGGGCUCUGCCGCCCUCCAGAUAUACCGCCAGCUCUGUAACCAUGGUUACGGCGGCAAGGACUUCUCCUCCACCUUCAAGUUCUUGCAGGAGCAGGAGAAGAACUGAACUGUUGGAGAGCUUGUCUAGACUGCCGCCGCACAACUGUUGGAGAGCUUGUCUAGACGGCCGCACAACUGUUGGAGAGCUUGUCUAGACGGCCGCACAACUGUUGGAGAGCUUGUCUAGACGGUUGCACAACUGUUGGAGAGCUUGUCUAGACGGCUGCACAACUGUUGGAGAGCUUGUCUAGACGGCCGCACAACUGUUGGAGAGCUUGUCUAGACGGCCGCACAACUGUUGGAGAGCUUGUCUAGACGGCCGCACAACUGUUUUGGGCACUUAUUCAUUUUGUCCA